CGCUCCUCCUCCUCCCGACGCCCUCGGAGCGCAGGGUCCGGCCGCUGCAGCCGCUCGGAGCUCUCGGCUGAGGCGCGGAGCGCGGGCCACUGGCGAGCGGGCGAACGGGCGAGCGGAACCGCAGCGGCAGCGGGAGCGGCGGGGGAGCCGGCAGCAGCCGCGCAGGGAGCCCCGAGCGACGCGGCCGACGGUCCUGCAAACUUGGGCGCGCCACGGCGCCCGCCGCCCGAGCGAUGAAGAUGGUCGCGCCCUGGACGCGGUUCUACUCCAACAGCUGCUGCCUGUGCUGCCAUGUCCGCACCGGCACCAUCCUGCUCGGCGUCUGGUACCUGAUCAUCAAUGCUGUGGUGCUGCUGAUUCUGUUGAGCGCCCUGGCUGAUCCAGACCAGUACCACUUUUCAAGUUCUGAGCUGGGAGGCGACUUUGAGUUCAUGGAUGAUGCCAACAUGUGCAUUGCGAUUGCAAUUUCUCUUCUCAUGAUCCUGAUAUGUGCCAUGGCCACUUAUGGAGCCUAUAAGCAACGCGCUGCCUGGAUCAUCCCGUUCUUCUGUUACCAGAUCUUUGAUUUUGCCCUCAACACCUUGGUUGCCGUCACUGUGCUUGUUUAUCCAAACUCCAUUCAGGAAUACAUACGACAGCUGCCUCCUAAUUUUCCCUACAGAGAUGAUAUCAUGUCCGUAAAUCCUACCUGUUUGGUCCUUAUUAUUCUUCUGUUUAUCAGCAUUAUCUUGACUUUUAAGGGUUACUUGAUUAGCUGUGUCUGGAACUGCUACCGAUACAUCAAUGGCAGGAACUCCUCUGAUGUCCUGGUUUAUGUUACCAGCAAUGACACUACGGUGCUGUUACCCCCAUACGAUGACGCUGCUGUGAACAGCACUGCCAAGGAGCCGCCACCACCUUACAUGUCUGCCUGAGCCCUCGAGUGUGGGGGCCUGAGAAUAGCAGCUUGAUUUCCAGACGUCAGAGCAAUAGUUCUUUCUUUGCACUUCUGGGAUGAGCUCUCUGAGCUUAUUUGUUGCUGAAAUGCUCCAGUUUUUAAAUGUAGAUGUUGAGUGGAAACCCUCUUUAGUUUUAAGCAUACGCUUCAGCUAGAGCACGGUGAUAGACUCACUGUAGAGUUCUCUGUGUGUGUCGGGGGGGGGGGGGGUGGCGCAGUGGGCUUCCCUUGUCUUCCCGGGGGUUCCCUAGGCAUUGAACCUUCCCAGCAAUCUGGAUGAGCCCGGAGUCAGAGAAGUCUGGUUUUGUCCCUGCUGGGCCUCAGAGUCAGGGAAUUCAUCACAUUUUUUCUCUGUGUUCCCCCUUAUCUCUUUUGAAAGUGUAAAAUAAAAUCAAAAUUAGAGAAUGCUUUUCUUAAGCCAUUCCAGUAUUUGAACAAACGCUUCAAACCUUAUAGAACAGGCAUAUCAAUUGUGUGAUCAUUGCUCUAAUUAGGGAAAUAGGAGUCCAUAUCUAUAUAAAUAAAACAACAAUUUCCUUAAGAUU